AUGGGUAAACCCGACAAAGAACCUUUCGCUCAAAUGUCACCAAGAAGCCCGUUGAGCACACAGACUCGCGAGACCGAUUCAAUCGAUUUAACCGUCAACAGUAAAACUUCCUGCAACUCCAUUGAUCAGCUGUGUCACAAUAUAUAUGAAAUGGAGAGCUCCGAUCGAUCCCCAUCAAGAUUCAGCUUCUUAUCCUACGGUCAGGAAUCAAGAAUCGACUCCGAGCUACGUUAUCUUGCCAGAGGGAGUUUCUCAAAAGAUAGUCUUAGAAAAGAACCCGUUUCAACGGCCGAUGAGAAAGAAACAGAAGAAUCUUCUUCUCCCGCUAGAUCUUCUUCACCCGCUAGAUCUUCUUCUCCCGGAAAAAUCCCGAAGCCAAGUCCAAAGAGCAAAUCGAUCCACGAUAAACCUCUUAUCAUCAAGAAAACCGGGUUAAAGUCGAAUCUGAAGAAAAAUGAAAAGACUUCGAAUUCAGGAGGAGAGCAAAGGAAUGAAGAUCCGAAAUAUCUUGGGCCGUAUUUACUGAAACAAUCGAGGGAAUUGUUGUCGGCAGGGACCGAUCCGAAUAAGGCGCUCGAAUUGGCUGAAAGAGCGAUGAAAUCAUUCGAAAGUUGCCAAUCAGAAAAACCCGAUUUGGAAUAUAUCAUGUGUUUGCAUAUCGUAGCAGCGUUAUAUUGCAUUUUAGGGGAGUACGAUGAAGCGAUUCCAGUUGUCGAGCGAUCAAUCGAGAUCACGAACAUGAAUGAAGGCCAAAAGCAUUCAUUGGCUAAAUUUGCGGGAUGCAUGCAAUUGGGCGAUACGUACGCAAUGCAAGGCCGUAUCGAAAACUCGAUUCUCUGUUAUACGGCGGGUUUGGAGAUCCAAAAACACGUUCUGGGUGAAUACGAUGCUCGAUUCGGGAAAACUUGUCGGUAUGUAGCCGAAGCUCACGUUCAAGCAAUGCAGUUCGAUGAGGCAAAAAAACUGUGUCGAUUAGCAUUGAUAAUCCACGGAAAAAACGGAACGAGUGCUUCGUUAGAAGAAGCGGCCGAUAGGAGACUUAUGGGAUUAAUUUGUGAUUCGCAGGGCGAUUACGAAACUGCCAUCGAGCAUUAUGUAUUGGCUCGAAUGGCGAUGUCGGCAAACGGGCACGAUUCUGAUGUGGCCGCGGUCGAUGUGUGUAUCGGCGAUGCAUAUCUAUCGUUGGCUAGAUACGACGAAGCUAUUUUUACAUAUUUGAAAGCAUUCAAUGUUUUCAAGACGACGAAAGGCGAGAAUCACCCGUCGUCGGCUUCAGUUUUCGUCCGUUUGGCGGAUCUGUACAACAAGAUCGGGAAGUUUCGUGAAUCGGAAUCGUACUGCAAAAAUGCUAAACGGAUUUAUGUUAAGCCGAUUCCAGGGAACCAGAACGAUGAAAUCGCGGAUGGGCUUAUUGAAGUUUCGGCGAUUUAUGAAUCGAUGAACGAAUUAGACCAAGCGCUUGACUUACUUAAGAAAGCGCUCAAGGCUUACGGGAAGGGCCCGGGUCUACUGACCACCGUGGCCGGAGUUGAGGCUCAGAUCGGGGUUCUAUGUUACAUGACGGGUCGGUAUUUUGAGUCGUACGACUACUUCAAAAUCGCAAUCUCGAAGUUCCGGGCUGCCGGAGAGAAAAAAACCGCUCUUUUCGGUAUUGUCUUGAACCAAAUGGGAUUGACGUGCGUUCAGAUCGGGGCGAUUGAUGAAGCUGCAGAUCUUUUCGAAGAAGCUAGAGGUAUUUUUGAGACGGAAUACGGGCCUCAACAUCCCGAUACACUCGGGGUUUAUAGGAAUCUUGCUGGUACUUAUGAUGCGAUGGGCAGAUGGGACGAUGCGAUUGAAAUACUGGAGUAUGUUGUCGAGAUGAGAGAGGAGAAGCUUGGAACGGCGAAUCCGGAUGUUGACAAUGAAAAGCGGUGGCUAGCGGAGUUGUUGAAGGAAUCCGGCAGGGACCGGAGCAAGGGAUCCCGGUCCCUGGAAUUCCUUCUUGAUGGUUAAUCAAUAUUUAGAAAUGUAUGUAUGUACAUAUGUU